AUUAAUUUCAAAGAAAACUUCACAAAAUACCAUGAAGUUUUGCAGCAUGAACGGACCAACAGAAUCAGAAGUUGAAAGCCUUUUAAUGAGUCCUUGCUGGGGUCCCACACAAAACGGCAGUCAAGAUCAGUAUUUACUAGAUGGCCAUAAAUUAUUGCUAGAACAUGAUCUUGACUCGCUGCCCAGUGAUACGGAACAAAAGAAUUCCAUGGAUGUUUUGGACAAUUUGCUAAUGAAUUCGUCGUCGCUCAAUGCGCUGUCAGAUUUGAAACCUCUACCACCAUUCACCGGCUAUACGGGACAUUUAUCAAUAAACGGCAUAUCGGGUCAUCAUUAUCAUGCCAUAGCACAGAGGCUACCAGAUGAAAGCAAUAACAAUUACAUACAGUCGGCCUAUCAUACGGGCACGACGACCACGAAUCCUACGUCAACGGGUAUAUUGGGAGGCACUACCAUACAAUUGGCAGCCUCCUCAACGGGUACAUCGCCGCAUGGCGGUGGAGGUGGUGGUGGCAUGAGUUUAUCCAGUAGUCAUAAUUCAUCAGCCGAUCACAAUAUUGUUUCCUCGUCCACCUGCCUGCCUGAAAGUGUUUUAAGUACGGAUGCCGAUGCCUGCCUUAAUGAUGUGAAACUCUUUGCCGAUAGUCAAUUAGAUAGUAAGCUUUAUUCAUUGGCCGACAGCUGUGUUAUGUCCAAUCCCUCGAACAAUAGUACAACAUCUGCGAUUUUAAAUGGCGGCCAAGACCCCGACUCAGGCGGCGUGAGAAUAUACGCCGACUCUAAGGAUCUAACGGAGUAUGUGGACAUGAAUUCGAUCGAUGACAUAGCGGCAAUAAUUGGCAGUGCAAUAGCCGACACUACGGUACCUAAUCAAAUGGACAAAGAUGAUGACAACGAUACACGAAACUCCUGGAUCGAUUUGGAUGCCUGGAUAGAGGGUAAUUGCAUACAACAGGAGGGCAAGUUGGUGGUGUCACAACAGGAUUCUUUAAGUGAAUUCAUUUUACCCCAGUCCCCAGUACAUCCUAGUAGUUCGACCUUGCAGAGUUUGCUGACACAUGGCUAUAUGCCCCUGCUGCAAAAUCGCCUGCAAAACGGGCCACCCUCGGGCAAUAUUAAGGGUGAAGCGCCUAGUUCUACCUCAUUUUGUAAUGAAUUAACGACGGCGACCUCAACAUCGGUCAGUCCACCUGGAUCGGUGGUAUCCACCACAGAUAAUCUCAUGAUCAAUCCCCGCUAUCUUACCAAUCCUGCCCAAUAUCAGAUUUCCAUGAAAUCCGAUGGCAUCUGCAGUCCGGACAUGAUGGGCAACUAUCCGCAUACGACCACCAUUACACCCACCGGCACACCAAAAACCAAAAGAUCUAGAUCACAGAAGAAAUCCUCAGCGUCCACAUCAGCCUCAUCCUCGCUCAGCAAUGGCCAACUGAACGGCCAGCAGCCGCAUCAAAUGAACUCCAUCACAUCACCCUCCUCGGUCAACUUCAAUGCCAACGACCUGACGGGUCUGCUAGGUAAGGAGAAACCCGUGCACCGCUGCAGCAUUUGCAAUCGGGGCUUUCUAAAUAAAAGUAACAUUAAGGUACAUUUGCGAACGCAUACCGGAGAGAAACCAUUCCGUUGUGAAGUGUGUGCUAAAGCCUUUCGACAAAAGGCUCAUUUGCUCAAACAUCAACAGAUACAUAAGAGAAUUGGGCGUGACUGACAUCAGAAUCAAGCCUCGGCGAAAACUUCAAACUACCACUCCAUACGAGUGGACAAUGAAGAGUUUCGUUUUAAACCGAUCAUACUACAAAAACCCAAAGUAUUUUUACAUCCCU